AUCUUUCACAUUUCCACUUCUUCGCCGAACCCGCUACGGGGAGGACAAAAAGCCUAGGCACACAGCAUCGACAAGUGGAAAGUGGAAGCCCCAUUAUUCACCUCCUACUAGUGACUAGUCUGAGUCUUGUCUACAGGCUUUGCAGUUCCAUAACAGUUUAGAUCGCCGUCAUCUAUUUGGCCCCGACUCAUUCUUUCGCCGCUGUCCCAUUUGCCUUUCCCUUGCUUCCACUUGACAGGUUCCCGCCCAUCCCGCCGCUGCGUCUGUUCUUGUCUUGCAUCUUCUGUCGUUCUGGCACCUGUCUGGCCCUUGCAUCUUGCAUCACACGGUCUUUUAUCCCAUCUUUUUGUCUCCGUCUCCAGGGCGGGCCAGAUACCAGUCGUUAUUCGGAUUCCUGCCAGAAUUUUACAAGUUUUAUUAGUUUGCGGAGACAGGUGCAAAUUCGAACGAAGUGAUCAAAGCACCGCAAAAAAAAGAGAUGGCGACCGCUGAGCAAGAGUUAGAGCAGCGUCAACCGGACGAACAGCACCAAGCUGUCGAGCCGCAAUCGUCCCAAGUCACUCCCGAUGAAACAGCCAAGACUGAGCCUGCUGUCCGCUUCAAGUCAACUGUCGAAGAGAUCACCCCAGAGGGCACCACAUCGACACCAACCAUUGCACCAGAUGUCAGCCUCGGCGAACCGGGGGGAGAGGUCACUCCCGAGCAGCUUCGUGAUAUCACCGAGAGGUUGAAGGCCUGUCCGCUGCAGGAGCGAAGGAUAGGCCUUUUCCAGUACGAGGCAUUCUCGCUUCCCGCUUCAAGGGUAAGUCCAUCCCAAUUUCACGUGUGCUUCCUUCCUUUGUUCACCUCUCUGCUUUUGCCUUGGUCCGUCGCUUCCGGGGGCCUUGUGCAACCAACAUCAGCUCGGUGGCUUUUGCUGGCUUUUGCCAUGUCUCUUACACCUUCCCACGAAGAUGAAUCGAGAGCUGCCAGUCGCGAACAUACACGGAGCUCGGCAGGUCGCAACUCACCGCUUCUUACUCCGCACAUCAGGGGCCCCGAAAUGCAUACACCUCCUCUCACGCCGGCUGGAACCGACAACGUCGACCGAGAACUUCGCCGCGAGGGCGAGGGCGCUCUGACACAAGAAAGGCGGAGUGCCAACCUCAUCACUCCUCAGGACUCUUCCCACGAACCGACAUCACCCACCUCUCUCCGCCAGGUCCAGCUGCCUACACCCGACGAACAGCUGCAGAGCUCUUCCAGGCCGACUUCGAUAGAGGCCCGAGAACGUCCCCAGAUCACUAUCGGUGAACAUCGCAGAGGGUUAUUUUCCGUUGGAUCCGGUGGCAGUUCUCCCAGUAGAUCUCAGCCUGCGUCCCGUGACUCCAGCCCCUCCCGAGCGUUAGCCGCGUCACAGUUCUACACCCGCCAACUACCACCUCCCGGCGAUGUCAACGAUCCGUACUCGGCAAGCAAACGACCUGCGCAAAAAGGCAUCGAGCCUCGCUUCAUCUUCUCCAGGAAAAAGAACUCUUCCUCUUUGAGUCUGGUAUCCAAAGGCGACAAACGCUCCAAGAAGGAUCGCCAUGACAACGACGACGAGGCUUCGAUCCACAGCAGAAAUAGCUCAAUGGCGGAUCUGAAGAGGUUCUUCAAGCUAGGACCUCACAAGAACAAGAGACCGGCAUCUCCCGCUGCUUCUGUAAAGUCUACGCCCAAGACACCGGGAGCCAAGCCUGCCCAGAUUCCGUUCGGUGACGAUCACGGUCUCUCUUCUAAAUACGGCAAGCUUGGCAAGGUGUUAGGUGCGGGAGCGGGAGGAUCCGUGAGACUCAUGAAGCGCAGCGAAGACGGCGUGGUCUUUGCCGUCAAGGAAUUCCGCCCUCGCCACUCGUACGAAACCGAGCGCGAAUAUGUCAAGAAGCUUACGGCCGAGUAUUGCAUGGGAUCUUCUUUGCACCACGGCAACAUCAUCGAAACCCUGGACAUUGUCCAGGAGAAGGGCAAAUGGUACGAGGUGAUGGAGUACGCUCCAUACGACCUGUUCGCCAUCGUUAUGACAGGGAAGAUGUCUCGAGAGGAGGUCAGCUGCUGCUUCCUUCAGAUUUUGAGCGGUGUCACAUACCUUCACAGCAUGGGCCUCGCGCAUCGGGAUCUGAAGCUCGACAAUGUGGUGGUUAGCGAGCAUGGCAUUAUGAAGAUUAUCGAUUUUGGUAGUGCUCAUGUUUUCCGGUAUCCUUUUGAGACUGGCAUUGUUCAUGCCUCAGGCAUUGUUGGAUCCGACCCAUAUCUUGCCCCCGAGGUGUACGACGAGAAGAAAUACGACCCGGAGGCCGUCGAUAUUUGGUCCUUGGCCAUCAUUUACUGCUGCAUGACACUCCGACGUUUCCCGUGGAAGGUUCCUCGAUUGACCGACAACUCGUUCAAGCUAUUCGCUGCAGAGCCUUCGUUCGGACACGAUCCCAAGAAGCUGUUGCUUCCACCACCUUCAGCCUCCAUGUCGGCACUUAGCGAUCUUCCGUAUAGAGACUACGACCCUCAGAGCGUCAGGGGAAGCAGCGACAAGAUUGACAAGGUUCAAGAUGACAAGAAGACGACUCCCGAUCACAAGCCGACGGCGUCUACAACCAGCGUACAAGGAGAAGCUGGCAGCACUGGAGAGAAGAAGGAGGUUAUCCGUGGCCCCUGGAGAAUCCUCAGGCUUCUUCCGAGGGAAAGCAGACACGUCGUCGGCAGGAUGCUCGAUCUGGAUCCCAAGACACGAGCCAAGAUGACGGAAAUUCUUGACGAUCCCUGGGUAGCGAACACAGUCAUUUGCCGACAGAUCGGCCCCGGUGCCGUGGCGCAUGCGGAUGACCACACACAUGUUCUCGAACCCCCAUCAGCACCUGCAGGCACCAAAGAUGAAAAGGCCAAACGCUAGAAGUGGAGCUUGCGCCAGAAAACUUAUCGAACACAGGACGGCUUCUUAGGGGUACAGGAUGCCACCAACACUUGGGGUAGGAAGAAGAAGGGAAUUUGAAGGGGACUUGUGGGGGUUACUUUGGGCUUAUUAUCGGAAAGACCGGACAUGCGUUAUUAGAGUAGUAUAUGGGCAUUGUUACCAUUUUCCCCUCAGUCGGUGUCUGUCACCUUGUGAGGCAGCGCUUUUUCGUCAUUUUUCUGGGCGUUUUUGGGAUUUGGGAAGAUAGCGCUUGGAUU